GAGGGCGGGCCGGGGCGGGGCGCGCGGGAGGCGGAGCCGAGCCGGGGAUUCCUGCUCGGGGCGAGCGCCGGGCCCCGCACAGCCAGCCCGCGCGGUCCGAGCGCCCCUGCGUCGGGGCGGCGGGGAAGCCCGGGCGCCGCCGAGCCCAGAGGGACUCCCGCUCGCCCCGCCGGCUUCCUCGGCCGCCGCCCCCGCGGCCCGGCGGGUGCCCGGCGCUGCCCCGCGCUCCGCCCGGCCACCCGGAGCUCCCGCCCGCCGUGCCCGCCGUGCCAGCCGUCCGCGCCCCGGGCCCGCGCGCUAUGCAGCCGCCGCCGGCCCCGCGCGCGUAGGCGCCCGCCGCAGGCCAUGCUGCCCCUGCUCGCCGCGCUGCUGGCCGCCGCCUGCCCGCUGCUGCCCCCGGCCCGCGGCGGGCUGGCGGGCGCGCCCGACCUGCCCGGGACGGCCCCCAACGGCUCGGCCAACGCGUCGUCCGCGGGCGAGCCCGCCGGCCCGCGGCUGCUGGCCCCCGCGGCGCCCGGCGUGCCCGAGCGGCCGGGCCCCGAGGAGGCGGCGGCGGCGGCGCCGUGCAACAUCAGCGUGCAGCGGCAGAUGCUCAGCUCGCUGCUCGUGCGCUGGGGCCGCCCGCGGGGCUUCCAGUGCGACCUGCUGCUCUUCUCCACCAACGCGCACGGCCGCGCCUUCUUCGCCGCCGCCUUCCACCGCGUCGGGCCGCCGCUGCUCAUCGAGCACCUGGGGCUGGCGGCGGGCGGCGCGCAGCAGGACCUGCGCCUCUGCGUGGGCUGCGGCUGGGUGCGCGGCCGCCGGGGCCCCGGCCGCCUCCGGGCCGCCGGCGCGCCCACCGCGCUGCCCGCCUACCCCGCCGCCGAGCCCCCCGGGCCGCUGUGGCUGCAGGGCGAGCCGCUGCACUUCUGCUGCCUGGACUUCAGCCUGGAGGAGCUGCAGGGCGAGCCGGGCUGGAGGCUGAACCGCAAGCCCAUCGAGUCCACGCUGGUGGCCUGCUUCAUGACCCUGGUCAUCGUCGUGUGGAGCGUGGCCGCCCUCAUCUGGCCGGUGCCCAUCAUCGCCGGCUUCCUGCCCAACGGCAUGGAGCAGCGCCGGACCACCGCCAGCAGCGCCAGCGCCGCCGCCGCCGCCGCCGCCGCCCCCGCCGCCGUGCCCGCCGCCGUGCCCGCGGGGACCACUGCGGCCGCCGCCGCUGCCGCCGCCGCCGCUGCCGCCGCCGCCGCCGCCGUCACCUCGGGGGCGGCCACCAAGUGACCCGCUCCGCGCCGCCCUGCGUCCGCCCCGUGCCCUCCGCGCUCUCGGGUGCCUUUCCCGCCGGGACGCUCGGCCGGUGUGCUUCGUGCUGUAGUGACCGUUAGUUCUUCCCGGGAGGGGGCAGCCGGGGAGGCGCCGUCGUGUU